UGAACGAUCAAUCAUCAGUAUGAAGGUCUUAAUUGUCUUGGUUCUGGCCAUCGCCUCUGCCUCCGCUGGUCUGCUGCCCCAGAUCGCUCCUCUGCAUCCUCGUGAUAGGACAGUAGUUCCUUCGAUCAAUGGUCGCAUUACGAAUGGCAAGGACGCUGUGGCGGACCAGUUUCCAUACCAGGUGGGGCUCAGCUUCAUCGGAACUGAGAGCAGCUGGUGGUGCGGGGGUUCCAUCAUCAACAACACCUGGGUGCUCACAGCAGCUCACUGCACCAAAGGUGCCUCCUCCGUGACCAUCUACUACGGAGCUACUGUCCGUACCAAGCCGCAGUUCACCCACACCGUUUCCAGCUCCGACUGGAUCCAGCACGCCAACUAUGUCUCCCUGACCGUGCGCAACGAUAUCUCCCUGAUCAAGACCCCAUCCGUAACCUUCUCGGCUUCCGUCAACAAGAUCUCCCUGCCCGCCAUCGCCACGAACUACUCCACCUACGUGGGCCAAACCGCAGUUGCCUCCGGAUGGGGCAGGAUCUCGGACUGCGAAACCGGCGUGGCUAAGGACCUGCAGUACACCAAACUGACGGUUAUUGAGAACUCCGUGUGCCAAAAGGCCUUCAAUAGCCUAAUUGUGACCAGCAAGGUCAUUUGCGUUGCCACUCCCAAGGGAACAUCGACCUGUCAGGGUGAUUCUGGCGGCCCCCUUGCCUUGAACGGAACUCUAAUAGGAAUCACUUCCUUUGGCUCACCCGAUGGCUGCCAGGUUGGAGAGCCAGCUGCUUUUACUCGCGUGACCAGCUACUUGGACUGGAUCAAGGCGAACUCCGGAGUUUUCGCUUAA